AUGAGUAAAUAUGAUGACCAACUUUUAAAGGAAACAUACGUGCAGGAACUUUCGCAUAGUUUUGAGACACUCUCAGUGAUAACAUUCGAUACUGACUAUCUAAAUAAACUUGUAACAUUGCUAUUAAAGUCUAAUACAAUUAAUAUUAAAGGUUUAUCUACAUGGAUUCGAAAUGUGAUAUUUCUCCAAUUUGCUAAACUAAUGCCAUCUAACAUGAAAACUCAGCACUUGACAAUUAUAAAAGCUUCCAUUAUUGAAAGCAACAUCAGAGCAAUGUUACAAAUAAUAGAGAGUCAUUGCAAUUACUUAGAAACCUCUCUAGGUAUCAACAAUUUAGGACAUGAGUUGAAUUCGAAAAUUUUAUCUUCAUUUAAUGAGGUCAUCUCCAAGAAUUAUAAUACAUUUAGUGAAUCAUUAAAGGUUGAAAUUGACAAUUAUAUUAAUAGUCUAGAUUCAUUAUCAUCUAAUAAAUUUUAUGCUAUUAUUGAUUUCUCUGUUGAAUAUCACAUUUUGAACCAAGAUAAUGUCGAUAAAUUUUUAAACAGGUCAUUGAAUGUAAAAGGUUUAAAUUCUAAACUACCCUUUGUUGCAGAGGCUAUGAUGUGGAAAAGAAGACUCGAAAUUUUUGAAUAUCUAUAUCAGAUAAACUUAAUACCAAGCAUUUAUCCAGCAUAUUCUAACUAUAAUAUAAUCUUUAAAGGAUUUUUUAAUGAUAUAAGCUUAACGAAGUUGUCUCAACAUGAUAUUGGUACGUUAUUGUUUUCUGGAAUGAACAUAGAUGAUCCGUUAAUCCAACUGUUUGUAAAAUCAAGAUGCAUUACACAAGACAAGAAUAUAGACAUACUUCUGCAUUCUAUUUAUUUAAUAGACCCUUAUAUUGCUGACAUAGGUGAAGAUGUUGAAAAUAAAAUAAGUAUGCAUAACCAAGUAUUAGUUGAUAAAAUAAUUCAACUAUUACGUUCAACUUAUGCUAAUUCGAUGAUGUUAGAAGAGGACGAUAUACAUCAAAGAUUCAAUCUAUUUUUAAAUUCACAAUACAAAGAAAAUUAUAACAUUUUAAAAGAUGGAGCUUCGCCCACUAAUCCUUAUUUAAUGGAACUUUGUGAGUCUAUCCCAUCUUUCAUUUUUCAUUAUAUGCCAUACCCUGAAGUUUACUUUGAAAAAUACUAUUUACCAUCACUGUUCAGAAGAAUUCUCAUGUUAAAUGAUUCAUUUCCAAGAUUAUUUAAAGAUAAACGAUGCUUAGAAAAUCAAAUAUUGACAUACGUGAAUAAUUAUUAUAAGGCAAAUCCAAAUACCAAUAUUUUUAUCAAUAUAAAGAGAAUUUUCUCACUUAUAGAUGUUGCAAGUACGUCAUUCAUUAACCAUCCUCAAAAAUUGGUUGGAUUAUCACUAAAUACCCUUAUCUUAAAAGAAAGUAUUUAUAGAGAAACGGAUAUACAUAAAAUAAAUGAUUCGAUAUGUUGGCCAAAUCAAGAACUUCAAAACAUUUGGGACACCAUUAAAGAUCGAUAUCAAAAAGAAGGCAAAAUUCUGAAAAAUUCUGCAAGUUAUCACAUUAUUGAAACUUCUACGCCAUUCAAAUUAUCAAAUGGUGAUACAAUGAGGUUAAUUACCAAUCUUACGAUGGCUAGCAUAUUACAAUUAUUUAACGAUAAUUUGAAUUUGACUCAACAAGCUAUCCAAUUAGCACUGAUUAAGGACACUAAUUCAAAAUAUUGUUUCAGUGGUGAAAUUGACACUAAUUUAAAGAAACUAGCAAAGAGAGGAAUUUUAGCAUAUAAUAAAACUUUUAAGACUUAUUCCAUCAACAACACUUUUAAGCCCGGUCCUAAGACCGAACAAACUGGUAGAUUAAGGUGUUUUUAA